UUUAUUCGCGAAAACACAGGCGGCUUUUAGUACCGCGCGCGUUUCCGAGCCGGUCGCUCGCAAAUCUCUUCGAGAAAUGAUAAUAUCGCCAGCGGGAGUGGCGCACACCGGGCGAUAACAAUACAAAGUUUCCGCUCUUAUCGCUUCUGUUCUUUUUCUCUUACUCUACGUUUCUCUCCUCUCUUUCUCUCUCUCUUCCCUCUCUUUUUCUUUUUUUUUUUCUCUUUUUCUCUUUCUCUCUCUCUCUUUCUCUUGCAUCGUUUCUCGAAGCCGCCUCUCGCCCCAACUUCUGUACCGUGUUGCAUUACCGGUUCAAAGGUUUGAAGCGUGCCGCGAAUGCGACUUUGAUCCUGCGCUCUUCGCUUUUUCGCGACGUUCGAUUAGAAGCCACAAGGCGGCUCUCUUCUCCAUUUUGACAGUAACGCCACUAACGCCGGCAAGAUCGCGUGGAACAUACGGAACAGCUGCGCUCUGCGUGUCUAUUUUUGCUGCCGGUUUUUAGAGCGCGUGCGGAUUUGGCGUUUGCUAUACGAGAGCGGGCUUGAAUAAUACGUUUUACGUGUCUCUCUUUUCGUUAUCGCAUACGGAAUUUCUCUGGGACGACGUGGGUGCGGCGCAUCAUGGCGGUGGAAUCGAGGUGGUUGCCGUGUCAGCUGAAAAUCGAAGAGAAUAUCUGCAGCAUCGAUUACGAUGGCGUUAUCCUGGUGUCAGGAAGUGCUCCUGGAUCCGACGAGCCGGAACCCUUCAAAACUGUUCUGUACAACGCGGCGCAAAUCGAUGCCGCACUGGAUACGAUCGGCGCGGUUUUGCCCAUUAAUUUGCCCGCAAAAAGGCUCAUUUACAGUCCAACGGGUCCGCUUAACAUGGAUUAUCACGACGUGCGGAGCCACGCGGAAGCCGCCGUGAAGGGAAUAAAACGGGCAUUAAAGGCCGGCGUAAAAUGUCCUUUAUUGGUGUUACUGUCGGAUGAACGUUUCGAAAACGUUGAGCUGGUCACGCUUCUUGGCGCCUUGGAAGCACUCUACGUGCCCCUGGAGGUGCGGGAGGCACGUCUGGAUCGCUACAGUCAGUACCCGCAUCAACUUGGAGUUUGGAGUCCGAUUUGCAGUAAGAAGCUUCAGGGUAUCGUGAGACUUGCCUCGGCACUCGAGUAUGGCAGAUACGUCGCAAGGGACAUUGGAGGCGCGGACCCGGAAAGAAUGGCACCCCCAAGGGUGGAGGAAUAUCUGGCGCAGCUGUUUUGCGGAUCGAAUAUCACGAUGCAAGUGGUAUCCGAUCAGGACACGCUGCUCCGGGAAUAUCCGUUGUUCGCGAGCGUAAAUCGCGCCGCUUCGGUUAUAUCGCGCCACGCUGGCAGGAUAAUAUUCUUGACCUACGAGCCGCCCACCUCUUGCAUCCUGGAGACGAUCAUGCUUGUGGGUAAGGGCGUCACUUACGACACCGGUGGCGUCGACAUCAAGUGCCAAGGCGUUAUGGCUGGCAUGUCGAGGGACAAAUGCGGCGCGGCCGCCUGCGCCGGAUUCAUGCAGGUGGUAAAUUUGUUGCAACCGCCUACGAUAAAAGUGGUCGUCGCUUUGUGCGUUGUGAGAAACAGCGUAGGCGAGAAUUCUUACGUCUCCGAUGAGGUAAUCACGGCGAAAUCCGGUGCGAGAGUGCGCGUGGGUAACACAGACGCCGAGGGUAGGAUGGCCAUGGCCGACGCUCUCUAUCAUAUCAAAGAAAUGGCUUUGCGUUCCGUGAACCCGCAUCUCUUCACGGUGGCUACGCUAACAGGUCACGCGUUGUUAACUGCAGGUGUAGGAUAUUCCAUUGUGAUGGAUAACGCGGUGGCGCGACUAGCCAGCAACGCGCAAAAACUUCAAGCUUCCGGCGAAGUUAUGGGCGACCCGUUCGAAAUCUCGCAAAUACGCAGAGAGGACUUCGCGACACAUGCGGCACGUGCGGAAGGUGACGAUAUUGUUCAGGCGUUAAAUCAACCUAGCGUCAAAACUCCGCGGGGUCAUCAAGGACCAGCCGCCUUCUUAAUUAAAGCGUCCGGAUUGGACAAGCACGGCACUGAAUCAAAGCAGCCUCUCAAGUAUUCUCAUCUGGAUAUAGCCGGAAGUGCCGGUGAUCUUCCCGAACAACCAACCGGCUCGCCAAUUGUAGCAUUGGCCAAAACGUUUCUUUUUGAUAAAAUAGAUACCAACGAGAUUAAAAAGCUCGAUGCUAAUCUUUAACCAUAUGCAAUAUGGUUAUACAAUAUUACAUAUGGUUAUAUAAUAUUACAUAUUUUUAUUCCUUAUAUGGUUAUAUUACAAUAUUUUCAUUCCAAUAUGUUUUUCAUAAUAUGUGCUUAAGUAAAUCGGUACAUCUACGUAACUUGCGCGAAGAACUUCGGACAUUAACCGAAAGUGCAUGAUUAAUUCUCCGUAAAUCCUUUACUCUCAGAGUUUCCGUAAGCUGUAUCGCUAGGAUUUACCAUCAGCGCAAACAAUUACACAGAGGUAUUUGGUGCAGGGACGUGUACAGAUAUUAGGAUUACGUUGAAUAUAAAAUAUUGGCAGGACAUAGUAAAUAAAACAAUCUUGCAGGCGUGGCUUUCUUGUGAGACAAUAACACACAGAAAGUGUAAUACUUUUUAUAUUAUAAUGUUACUAAUAAUACAAAGCUUCACUUUAUACCGUUUGCCAAAUAUAAAAAAGCGGGGACCAGAAACUCUUUUUCUUUACUUCCGAUCUUUCUUCUUAAUACUGGUAACAGUCCUGAAAUAAAAAAAUAUUACUAUACAUAUCAUUGACGCAGCCGUCUUUCUCGCCACGCACGCAACUCUUUCGUUAUUUUCGAAACUGUUCGCUCAAUUCGUUCUCUACUUUCAUCCGAAUCACUUAUUAGUCACACGUAGAGAGAGGAAGAGAGAGAGAGAGAAAAAAGCGAUUCGCGUAAAAUGGCACAUGCUCCGAAAAUCGAUAUCGCUAUUACAAGAACUCACUGCUAUCUACUCUAGAUGCUUACGAUAUUAAACCGUCGCACACUUCGAUUUAUUGUGUGUCAGAUAUAUAGAUAGGUGCUUCUUAUCUUAUACAUAAAAUAUACAUAAAAACAUCAGCAGCUAUAUAUCGCAUCUAUCACUCGAGAGUUGCGCUCAUUAUUCGCUCGAUUCCCUCCAAUUAAGUGCGAUAAAUCCUUUAUGGGUGAUCGACUUUACGUAGGAACCGCGAGUGAGCGUUAAUGGCAGAUUAAAAACCCUUUCCGUUACAAUGACGUUUAAAGACUCAUUUAUCCGCCUCUUGCUCUUUCGUUUACUCUUUCUCCUCCCUCUUCCCGCCACUUCUUUCCUUCAUUUGUUCUCUCCUCCUUGUCUCUUCUCCUUCUAAAUCUGUCUCAUAUCGAUUACAGCACGGACUCUGUAGUUGUAUCCCCUUGAAGUACACACACAUCGAUUUGUACGGACAUCUACCCCAGCUUUCCUACUGCGGCAGUCCCGUCCUGGCUAUGUCCUACUGCUAUCUAAUUCAGGGAAAGUGCCUCACGCUGCGAAACGACGUUCCUUACGAGAUGCGAUAUGCCUGCGACCUCGACUGCAAACCCGUCUGUAUAUUACCCUGCCCGCCUUGUGAAGUUACUUGCGAUCCUUGCGUAAUGUCACCACCGAUUGCCAAGUGUUCCGCCGGUUCGGACAGAAGAUCCUGCGAGCAACGUCAGACGCAAUUCUGUCCGCCCGCCCAGUCCGUACCGCUGUGCCAAUCUUGUCCACCUAAUUCAGAAGCGAUGUACCAGGGCGCCAUGCGUCAACCGAAUGUCCAAAGAAACGAAUUGAACCCGCGCGCCUGACAAUACGUUAAAUCAUGAGAUAUUCGUGCGAUGUGCGAGAAUUUAUGAGAAUCCAUUUUCUGCGCAACAAAUCUCGCUAUCGAUUUAAAGUACUUUUUACUACUGUUUUGUUCGAUAUAUUUUGUAUAACUGUGUUUUUUUUAUAUACACAUUUGUACAAAUAAAAUAUAUUCUACGUAAACA